CCAAAGGAGGUGUUUCUCCUCCCCACCCCUGGAGAUCACAUGGUGACCCCUGCCAACCAAUACAAAGGACGCUAGGACCCUGAGGGACCCCCUGAUUCCGAAUUGCACCGGCUCUGCUGCAUUAUAAAUACUUCUCCAAAAUGCACUGGCCCUCCUUUCUCGCUUUCCACGCAGCUCCGUUUGUUUCGCACUCAUAAAAGCUGCUCCUCUCAGUUAUUGCUUGGCGUGUUUUGUUUCUUAUUUAAAGCCGGGCUCCUUUUUGUUUCUCGGCCAGUUUGCAUGCAUUGUUCGUCUCCCAAAAUGGUUUGUGAGACUAAGAUUGUGGCGGAAGAUCAUGAAUCAAUUUCAGGAUCCAAAAAAGAUGCGAUCAUUGUGUCUUCCUCCCAGAUGUGGCCCUCCUUAUCCGGCUCACCUUCCUCCUCCGCAGCUUCUCUGAGUGGUGUGGAAGAGGAUUUCAAGAAAGACAACGUUUAUAUACGAGAAUUUCAUCCUUCCGAGCAAGAGGUGGUGCGCCGUAUAUUUUAUGAAGGAAUCAUGGAAAGGAUUCCUAACACCGCAUUUAGAGGGUUAAAACACCAGCCUCUCAUUCAGUUGCUCUAUGGGAUACUCGCUAUAAUAUGCUUUGUUGUGACCAAGUCCUUGCUGCUGACCUGCUGUUUGCCCAUCUUUCUGAUGGGUAUGAGGUACUACUUCAGUAGAAAAGUUAUCCUCAGCUAUCUCGAGUGCGCGCUGCAUACGGACAUGUCUGAUAUUGAGAAUUAUUACAUGAAACCACCAGGCUCCUGCUUCUGGGUAGCUGUGUUGGAUGGAAAUGUGGUGGGAAUCGUGGCUGCAAGAGGCAACGAGGAAGACAACACCAUGGAGCUGCGCCGCAUGUCCGUAGAUUCCAACUUCCGGGGUAAAGGGAUUGCCAAGGCCCUGGGCCGCAAAGUGCUGGAGUUUGCCAUGCUCAACAACUAUUCUUCCAUUGUACUGGGAACCACAGCUGUCAAGAUGGCAGCCCACAAGCUGUAUGAAUCCUUAGGGUUUAAACAUGUGGGCAUCACUGAACACUACACCCUCCCUGGGAUGACACAUUCCAUACUAGAGAGAAUGUUUUUCCAGCUUCGCUACCACCGCUACCGCCUGCAGCUGCGCGAAGAAUGAAAACAAAAGCAAAAAAAAAGUUUUUUCUCCCAUCCCCCCCCAAAAUUGCCCUUAUUUUGUUUUUCAUUGUUUUUGUUUUCAAUUGUUUGUUUCGUUCCCUCAUUUCAUUUUUAAUUUGCUUUGUACAGCUUGAUUGUACAAAAUAAGGAUCCUUCCUCGCAUGCUGUAGGUGGUGGUGCUGAGGCUGGAAGUACUGCUCUCCUAAUGCAUACAGUGUUAAUGACCUGGCAGGUCAGAGUGGAUCUACAGCUUGUUGUUCCAAUCUUACCCAGGUACCUACAUAAAGCACAGAAACUUACAAACAUGAUAGUACCACUGGUCUGGUGUACAUAGUAAUUUUUUUUUCAAAUGUAAAAUAAUGUAGUGAUGACAUUCAUAAUACAGUAAGUGCAGAAAUAUUACUUGAAUGCAUUUCUCAGUAUUUCAUGCACCAGUAACUAAAAUAUGCAUUCAUCUUACUAUAAAUUACUGGUUUAAUAGUUUUCAAAGAAAAUGUGAAAAAACGCUUGCUACAAUGCAUGAAGAGGAAGUGUGUGCACGCACUCAAACACACAGCACUGCCAUCCAGGCACUGGUGUUGCACUUUUUUUGGAUGUGCCUCAUUCUGCCAAAUAUCUGAAAGAACCUUGGUGCAUCCAGUAACCAUGACUUUUUCUCCAUUCUCAUUUUCCUUCCUAAGCCAGCAAACAGACUUGAACCAUUUGAACUCUGAGCCCCAUUGUAACAUAUUGUAAAGUAAGAUCAAACUUAAAUAUCUCCUGCGCUGUUCUGUAUCCAUGCAUAACCUGCAGUCCUGGGCCAGACUUCCGCAUGUGCACUGGAGUUUCUCUGCUGCCUUCUGGGUUUGUUUUUUUGUUUCGUUUUUUUUUUUUAAUUUUUUUAAAUUUUAUAUUUGUUUUGGCUUUUGCUGAAUGGUGUCAUUGAAGCAUAAUGGAGGCUGCAGUUCCUAUGGCAACACAUUUGCACAUUAAUGUGAGCAGCAAAUCUAAACACUUCAGACAAGCAAUGUGUGACAGAUAAUUGCAUUUUGGGAGUAUGCGGGGGGGAGCAUACAUAUUAUCUUAACCAGCUGCUGUUUAAUAAUUGUAGAUGGCCUCACUGCAGCCUUCCAUAAAAGGUAACUAACUGCUUUAAUGAUGUCAGAUUUGUGAAUUGUACAAUGCAAAAAGCAAUGCAAAGCAGAUUCGGCAUGUCUGUACCUAAUAUGUAUGUACAGUGCCUGCCAACAAAAGAAUAGCCAAGACUACAGCUUCUUCUAGCCUGAAAUACCAAUUUUUAUAACUUAUUUAAACAAAUAACAACUUUGCAUGAAUUAUGUCGGGGGAAAAUCAGUAGGUUUUAAUUUUUAAAAUGUGGUAUCAGAAAUAUUAAAAACAUUUCUGGUGGCACUUAAUUUGGGGUGAGUGGUGGGAUUCAGCUAUUUUAUAACCUUUAAAGGGAAACACCCUUUAACUUAAGUUCCUGGAAAAAAAAGUUACUAUUCUAUGAAGUAUUGUGUGUGCGGUGUGGGAAAGAAAACCAUGAUGAAAUUGAUAAGGGACUGAACGUAUGUUACUAACACUUCUAACUAUAGUAGAAGCAACUAGGUAGGAGAGUUUCAGAGAGGAGGAAACGGAUUUAUCCUUGUCAUAUCAAAUAGUGGAGACAAGUAAGAAGGGUACUAGAAAGAAUGAAAGGAAGACCCAGACAGAAGGCUUAACUAAUAAGAUGUGGGACAGAACACACGUGAAUUAUAUUGUGAGGUGGAAACCAAAAAUGCUAGCCUUUCACUUCCAGUCCAGGGUCUUUCCUGCACUGAGAUUCAUCAAUGUAAAGGUAGGAAUUGGGUCCAGAGUUCAUUAGUUCCUAACUGGCUGGUAGUCCAUGGUACUGGCCAGUUAGAUCGGAGAGCCAAACUCGGGACUGUCUGUGCAAUUCCUGCUUAUCAAGGGCGGGAGCAUCUCCAUGGGUGCUUCUUUCAAUAGGGAGGAAGCCUGCACAUGCUUAGCAAGCGUUAAGGAAAAAGGCAGCUUUCACAGUAGAGAAAUUGGAGCCUGACAAGAGGGUGUGAGGUUAGUCUCCUGAGCCCAGCCUUUUCAUUCAUUGUCUGCUCUUACUUCUAGCUAGCAGGGUGGGAGAACAGAUCCCAGCCUCCAUAUGAAAUACCAGAUCAAGGAGUGAGCAGGGUGGGGGUACAACCAAAUCGGAAGAUUUUGUCCUAUUUCUCUGUUAAGCAAUUCACACUCUCAGCCCUGGAUUUCUGCCUUCCUCAAUCUAUACCAUACAUAAAAGUGCCCUAAGGUAUAUUGUCCCAGUAAUAAACGGAGAAAGUAGAUAAUGGAGGACACUAUUUCAAGAGACCAAGAGCUUAAUUAACACAAUUUCUUUGUGGGCUACUAUAUAUUUUUAAGUCUUUCAAUGCUGUACAUUUCUCCUGAAGUGGAGGGUAGGGGUUUUUGUAUAGUGUACAGAAAUUGGCAUAAUAUUUUUUUGCUGCUUUCAGUGAUUUAUUAACCUGGGUAAAAAUAGACCAUUAUAAAGUUUUAGCAAACAUGAAAGAAAAAAAAGUUUGUGCCUUUUUUUUAUUUUUUUUUUCAGUUGCUGUAGAGUCACUGCACUAAAACCUUUCCAGAUAAUGAAAAUAACUAGUCUUUUAAUGAAGGGGAAAAUGCAUACAUUUAAUUGUUGAUUUUUAUCGGGGUGUCUAAUUAAAAGAAUGUUCUUGGUUUUAUUUGAUACCUGUGCCUUUGUAAUAUGCCUCAUUCAUAUCUGUCAUAAGCCAAAACUGGUUCAAAUGCCCUAAUCUCCCGCAGAGACAGAAACACAGUUAAGUCACCAACUUUCUUAAAAAAAAAAAAAAAAAAAAAAAAAAAAAAAAAGUUAAACUGUAACAUUAUUAUUGUAUCUCUGACCAUAACACCUUUGAUUUGCAUAGGCGAGAUAUGCUUUUAAAAUAUGCAACGUGGAAGGUGCUAUGGGAACUCGGUACUUCUAAACAGGUGGUCUGGGCACCGAAGUUGUAAAGACCGGAAUCAAGAUGCUGCCUCUUAGAGAUUUAUUGUUGUGUAAAUUUAUUUCUCUUAAUGCCUAUGUGAAGUCACCCCUGCUUUGUCAGAAAUGCAUUUUGGAAUAUUUUGUUGGGUGAGAACACCAGGAGCCAUUGCUGUCUGUCCUGUUCACUAGCUUUAUCUCCAAAAGGAAGUAGUUCUUGCUGAAUGUCUUGCUAUCGUUUUGCCAAACCAUGACACCAGAGUGAUUGGUAGAAAUCGAACUAAUCUAAGCCCUGUUUGUGCUGACAUUCACAGGGAACUCUCCAGCUGCUACAGUAGCUUCACCUCUGGUAGCAGGAGUGAGAGUGCUAGUGUAGACAAGGCUUGGGUAUCUUUAUUGCUGUUUGCUAGAUCUCCUUUGAAUAUGGUUAGACAACUCAGAGGUUAAAAACACUGGACCCGCCAGUGCAGUCUUAGUUGUUGGACCUGCAUUUCUGGGGAAACUUUCCCCAAGCAUGUUAAUAUGGACCCAGCCUUGGAGCCUGAUAAUCCCCUCUAUUUCCUGUAGAAUCUCUGUGGACUUCAGGCUACAGACUACUAAUGCUUAUCCCUUCCCAUCAGAGGGCCCAGUUUGGGCCAAAAGGCGAACUCCUGCAGUCCCUACCCAGGCAAGUCUCCCUGUCUGUAUAGAGACCGCAAGAUCAAAGACUUUGUUUUUGUUUUUAUCCAUCCAUAGUCUCGGAUUUUAUAUAUUUAAAUGGUAUCAUAAAAGAUAGUUACAUCCAUUUUUCUCAUAGCAAGAACUCCAGAGCACAUGUGAGGUGACACUUCUCACCACGAAAACUCCCAGCUUUGCAUUAUGUAUUAAAAUGCAGCUUGCUCUGAACCUACUGCUGCUGGAAGCCAUAUUGCUGGGCGGACUUCUUGUGACAAUACCAGUCCUCCUUCAUUCUGCUUGAACAUUUCUUCGAGUGAUGGUCCCUAUUGUAUUCCACUGUGGGUUAUACAUGUGCACCAUGCGUCCAGAACUGGAGAAUUUGAAAGUAGUGUCCGUUGGUCUGCACAUGCUCCCUGGCUCACCUGGUGCCUCCAACUGAGGGGAUAAAUGGCGGGACAGACCAACCACCUCUCCAGUUCCUCCUUGUCGUCUCAUGGUCCGGAUCAGAACCUCUCUGUCUGUAGCUUCAGCUUUGGCCCUUAAAAUAGGAUUUAGUUUUGAAAAUAGUUCUAGCAUUUUGUACAGAUUUCCCCCAAGGUUCUUGCUGAGUUUCGCUUGAACUAGUCGAUCUGCUUACUUGUGUUCUUCCCUAAACUACACGCUUUCUCAGAGGAACAGAGACUCUAUACCCUCGAUGUGCAGUGAGCCUUGGCCUUUUACCUACACAGAAUAAGACCAAUCAGGAAAUCCACAGGACUGUUCCUUGCUACAAUGGAACGAAUCAGGAGACAAGUGUUCUGCAGCUAGGGGGUUUCCGAAUGGAUCUCUAAUUACAUCCUAUUCUGCUAUCCACUAUCAAAUCUUCCCACCACGCCCCAUGGGGUAAGCUCAUUCCACAAGAGCACAAGCAGUGACUAUGGCAUCGCUUCAGGAAGGGCCCCACCUUGAUGGGGGUAAAGCAGCCAUGUGGAGCUCCAUUCACACCUUUACGGGACAUUAUGCCCUAGUCCAGGGCUCCUCUCCUAAAGCCUCCUUUGGAAUGUCUGUCCUUCACUCAGCCCUAGUGUCUGCCUCCUCGCACCAGCCUCCUGCUGAGACACUGCUUGUUAAUCACACUCAGUGGAAUACUAGAGGGCCCAUCACUCGAAGAAAAGGAGGAGGUUACUUAGCUGUAACUGGAGAUUCUUUGAGAUGUGUGGUCCCUAUCUGUAUUCCACAUCCCGCCCUCCUUCCCCUCUGCUUCAGAUCUUCCCUGAUCUGGGAUGGAGAAGGAACUGGAGAGGCAAUUGGUCCAUUCUGCCCUUUAUUCCCUCGGUCAGAGGCAUGAGGUGAGCCAGGGCGCAUGCGCUGACCAACAGACGCUACUUUCAAAUUCUCCAGCUCCGGACACACGGUGUGUGUGCAUAACCCACAGUGGAGUACAGAUCUUGAAGAACCUCCAGUUGCAGGUACGUAACCUCCUCUGACUGGCUGUCAUUAUUUAACACUGGUAUACAGCAGUAAAUGUGUAAGGGGCUAUAUAAAGAGAUUUAAGACACGGUCCCUGCCCUGGGAAACUCUCAAUCUAAGUCUGCAAUUGAAAGAACCUUUAGAGGAUCUUUCUGGGGGGUUAUUCUAACACUGUAAAGAGUUAAUUUAUGUACUAAAUAAGAGACUAUAAAAAUUCCAUUUUAAUAAGUGGUUAGACACCUGUUACUAUUCCCUAUCUAUGAACAGGCUGUCAAUGUGAGAAAAGGAGCUGCCAUUUUAGUAUUUCCAUGCAAGUCCUCCAGACUGAUGCACAACGUGGUGGAACAAUCACAGAUUCGGUGUGUGUGUAUCUCUCAUCAUAAGGGUUGGAGUUUAUAACCACCUUGAAUUCAGCUGGAGAAUGUUUUUAAGAAGUAAUAGAACUUAGUAUUUUACAACAGCUGUGCCACUGCCUGCUUUUCCCAUGCAUGCAAAUGGAUUAUCCCUGCUCUCUGCCCCAUUCUGCACUGUCAGCGUCACGGUUGCAGCUUUUUAGUUAAUUUUUAUUUUAGUGUCAGGAUUCUGUUUUGGUGAUUCGUUUGGCUGUAAAACAGAUUUCCUGCCUGCAGCCUUGAUCCUACCAUGAGCUCCAUGUGUGUGGAUUCCUGCAGGACUGGGGUCGGGGUCAGGACCAGGAUCCUCUUGGCUAAACCCUCCUUGCAAGAUCAGGGUCUAAUAUAUUGUAUAGUCCUCUUAAAAUUGUAAAUCACUAAAGGGAAAAAUAAAUAUUUGAUUCACAUGUGUCUAAUAUUAACUUCAUUAGCACCUGAGCCUUCCUUGGGAUACACCUGGGCAGUUCUCGCUGAAACAACAGGAGUUGUGUGUGCAUGCUAAACUGGGGGGCAGAACCGGCCCCUUGGUGCCUGCUCUGAGCAGUGCCACCUAUAAACCACGUGUCUCAUUGACAUCUAACCCUGAGCAGCAGGAAUCUAGGCCCCUAACAAUGUUCAGUUCCAUUCAGUGAUGCUAAGUGGUUAAAGCAGUAUGGAAAGUGGGUUCUAAUCUUCUCCAGGCAUCCUCAACUGAUAUUGUCAGAAACUCAUGCCAUUCCCCCUCUAGUGAAAUGGUCAGUACCUGCAGAAGGUGUAGAAAUGGCCGCUUUAAUCUCCGCUUUGACAGGCACUUCACAGUGCUUCAUGCCAUGGGAGCUUUCAGAAUUCUGCACUGAGAGGGAUGACGCGGGGCUUUCCCCUAGGUUACUACUGCUACAGGAUAUGUACAAUAUUAUUUUUCAAUACCACUUUAAUGCUUCCUAGGUUCCCCUCUCCAUAAUUGUAUUGCAGUCUCUAUUCACACACAGGACUGUGGGCUCCAGAUACUGUUUUUAUGCACAGAGUCCUACAUGUGUCAGUAGAGUAAGUUUCUCCUUCCUAGUGCAUCCAUGGAACAAAAUUAUUGGGUAUAACUUGUGGGGAUGAAACUUAAUUCCAAGAACUGUGUUUGUGAUUAAUUUGUAGAACUAAGUUGAUUUUAAAAUCGCUACAUCAGUUCAUUACUUUGCCUGUAUGAUUUUAAAAUGAGUAUUUGUGUAACAGCCUGGAAUUUUAUGUAAUUAAAUCUUGUCAAGGGUUGAACAGUUUUUGAUUAGUUGAUUGUACAGUUGCAGGAAGAAGCUUGGUUCUUAAAAGUGCUUAUCUGAAAUGAAAACAAGAAUUCAACUAAAAUGUAAAAUACCGUAACAAUGGUCUAUGCAUCUGUGAUCUUGAAAUGUAACAGCAACAAAUUAUUUAUUUGAAUGGUCACUGAAACUCCAUAUGAAAGUAGAGUACAAUAGCUUAUCAAUGUAAAAAUUAGUGCAACUUCCUUGUAAAGGAUCAAGUGGCAUGAGUAACAUAUUAACGUCCAGAGGCCCAAUCCUGCAGCCCUUAUGUACAUCAGUGACAGAGCACGGACUGUGCAGAUGACUGGAAGUCAGGGAACCUGGGCUGUGUCCUUGCCUCUGCCAAUGACCUGCUGGGUGACCUGAGGCAAGUCACUUUUGCAAAACUUGAGAUCCAAGUAUUCUUAUUACUCACAUGAGAUGCAGGAUUAGGCCUCAGCUGGCUGCUAUUCUGAAGUGCACACUUCUAGGAUGCAAACCCAUGCAGUGAGGAGCACUCUAAGUCCCUGUGACUUCAGUUGGAAUGGAGGGUGCUCGGCAUGAUGCAGGGUCAGGCCCUUAGACCCUUGUGCUCCCACUGCAGUGGGUGGCAGAAUUCCCACAGAUUUCAUUGGGAGCAGAAUCAGGCAAUCAGAUAAAAAAAAAUCUGAUCAAUGAAAGUCAGUUGCUUAGAUGUUUUCAGAAGGCUGUCACUGUCCUUAUUAUUGUCCUUUGUAGCAUUGAACCGUAUCAGUUCAUGAUCUGUAUCUUCUGCCUUUUAAUUUUUCCAGAGUUUAUGGCUGAGAUGCAGAUGACUGGAUAACUAAUCCUUUCUGCAAGAUGUUCAGAAUUGCUAGACACACAAAGGCAAGAGUCAGCUCCUGUUAUCUUUUGAAUUAACCAUCUAAUUUUAAAUUUGCGCUAAGCCUGCAUUUCAUUAGAGCCUGGUUUAAUGCUAUUGAUAUGCACUCUAUUUAAAGUCUAAUAAAGGUGUUCGGAUUCCAAGCCAUUUGGAGUCCUGGGGUUGCAUACACUAUGCCACAUAAAGAAAAAUUAAUGGAUGUGCAAUCAUUAAAUCAGUUUGAAAAUGCAAAAGGAUCAGUUUGCUUCUUCUCAAACCAUACUCACACCAAACCUUGAUCAAGAAAUCUCAUACCCUUGUGUUUGUAGCCAAAGGUUUUUACCUCUCCUCAGUCAGAGGGAUAUGUAUAGAUGUUGUAUUUUCCCUCUCUGCCACUAAAAGACUUACCUGAAUUAUCUUUCUAAGCAUCUUUAGCUGAAAUUAAAAUAAGUUAGCAUGCAAUGUAAACAACUGAGAGUGUAGUUAAAAGACAAUAACUUUAAAACAAUAAGCUAGAAGUCAACAUUUGGAGUGUAUAAAUCAAUGCUUUCUUUGUUUUGCAACAUGGAUAGUUUUUUGAAGAGGAAAGAGUUUACUGUUAAAGUUUAAAUAGUAAAAGGUGGAAGUUAAUUAAAUCAACAGUGUAACAAAUACAUAAUGCAGUUGUAAAUUUCUUUAUAAGUAACACGUUUGAAUGUGAAAUCAGCAGCUGUAAGCAUAAUGACUAUAUAUUAAUAUUGUUUUCAAUAUCCUUUAGCCAAAGCUAAGUUUAGACAUUUUGCCUUGUAUGUAUUUUUUUUCUUUUCUUUUCUUUUUUAAUAACUGGGUUUUAACAAAAGCAUCCACUGCUUUUUGGUUGUUCUUAUGACUGUGCCGGGCCGUUAUCUUUAAGCAGUUUGUGUGCUUGCGUUAUUUUAAGGCUAAAAAAUCUUCUUGAAACUAAUGCAGUUAAGGUAAAAUCACUUCUUUGUAGUGUUUAAACAGAUUGCGUAGUAUGCAUUUGCAGAAAUAUCCAUUCAAUGUCAAUUAAAAAAAUUGGGGCUAGAUUAGCAGAAUUGUUAGUGUCCAGUCGAGUGCUCUCCUAGUAAAAAUCAUGGGUUAUCAGAUUUAACAUGCUCCUCAAUGGAAGCUCAGAUUCCCCUCAACAGUCUCCUGUUCUGCAUCUCUUCAUACCUCUACAAGACCAAUGUGAAAUAAGUCUUGUGUUUUCUAUGUUCAGCAUGGUAUGUACUGUACCUUGUAACAGGAAGCGGCUGCAAAACCUUAGACGUAUUCUCCUAUGAACAUACUUUAAAACAGCAAUAAUUACUACUGUAAAGAAAAUGAGCGUUUGCAAAGACAGGGGGAGGAGAAUGGGAGAGUAGUAAAUGAAGACAUAGUAAUGAACAUGCUGGCAAUCAAGUGCUGCUAUUGUAACUGGGGAUCAGAAUUAAGUACUAUAAUGGGCCGUUGGUCUUUGAGACGAGGUCAGAUUGGAAAUGAACUUGUUGAUACACAAUCAUCCAGCUUGAAGACAAUAGAAACACUCCAAGUCUUUAUACAAUGCAGUAUCUUCUUGGUAGAAUCUUAAAAGUAAGUUAAAGUAAUCCACCAUUCCUAGCUGGAGAGGGUUGUCCUUUCAGCAGAUAGAUGAGAGCACUGUCAAAAGUAGCAUAGAGCAGUGUCUGUUUCUGCAGUCUCCUAAUCCAGGUUUACGCUACAACUCUGACUCAACAGUAGCAGAAGAUUGACUAAAGGAAUGUACUUUUCUGUGGCAGCACACAAUGAGGAUAAUCAGUGCUGCUGGUAAAUGUUCACAUACUGUCCAUAUCCAUACAAACCAGUUACUACAGCAUGUGGCAAGAAAUGUUAUAUAUGCAAGUUACUCCUCAGUACAUCUUUAGGCAUUGGAGUCCCAGCCUAUAAACUGCUACUCAAUAUAGUGAUCUCUCUACUCAAUCUUCCGUUAGCAGAGUACUGAAACACUAUAUCCACUCAGCUCUGAAAUGAAUGCAGUGUGUCUUUAGGAAGAACCAAGUUUGAUAUUGUAAAUGAAUGACUUGUAGGUACUUAAGUCUGUUUCUGAUGGCCGUUGUAACUGUGAAAAUUAACCAGACCUGCUGUGAUAAAUUUGGAUAAAUAAGGUUUAUUCGGUUAAUUUUUUAUAAGUGAAAACUGAAAAGAUGAAAGAAUUGUAAUAUGAAAGCAACUGCUGUAAAUGUAUGAAUGAAUAAAAUCUAAAACUUACAUAA